AUGCUGCAUAAAAACAACGUAGAGGUGAAGACGAUCGACGCACCAGGCACGACGCAAGCUGCUACGGUAAGUCAAGUUGCUGUGCAUGCUACGAUGCAAAAUGAAGGCGCGGAUGUUAUUUUGGCAACGGCGGUAAUUGGUAUCAAGGGGAGAAAUGGACCGGAAAUCCAAGCUCGUGCGCUUUUGGAUUCAGCGUCCCAACUAAAUUUGAUGUGCGAACCGCUUAUGCAGAGACUAAAGCUUAAAUGGACUUCAUGCAUCAUGACUGCGCACAGCAUUGCAGACAGUGGCACAAAUAUUACAAGAAAAGUGCAGGCAAGCGUCAAAUCAAGGAUUGGUGGUUACGAGACAUCACUUGAGUUUUAUGUGUUGCCAAAAAUAACGUCGUUUAAGCCAGACCAAUUUAUGAAUGCAGAUGAUUGGGGCAUCCCUAGUAACAUAUCAUUGGCAGAUCCGAAUUCCAACAAGCCGGGCCGUAUAGACGUACUGUUAGGCGCAGAAAUCUUUUGGGACUUAUUAUCGGUUGGCCGAAUUACGCUGAAAGCGAAUCUCCCGCGAUUGCAGAAAACUGUGCUGGGUUGGGUCGUGUCAGGUGUGACAAAUCGAACCGACUCCAACGAGAGGCUUAGGAGCAGCUUAAUGAUGACAUCAUCCAAGCAACCAGGUGUUGAAGAGGAACUGACGGCCCUUGUAGAGAAAUUUUGGCUGAUGGAACAGGUUGAUGCAAAAACACUGUUUCCAACAGCGGACGAGGCACUGUGUGAAGAGAUUUUUAUCAAAGAAUCUAGACGUGAUCACACUGGGCGCUUCGUGGUAAGGAUUCCGUUUAAAGAAAAUGUCGCUGAGCUAGGCGACUCAAAUCAAGCGGCAUUACGGCGAUUCUUGCUCCUUGAAAAGAGACUAAGGAAUAAUCCAGUAAUCGAAAAAAUGUAUAAUGCAUUCAUAGAGGAAUAUUUGGCGUUGGGGCAUAUGGCACUGGUACCAAGGGAUUCCAGGGAAAAGGUAAAGUACCUUGCACCGCAUACGUUUGUGUUACGGCCAGAAUCUACAAGUACUAAACUGCGGGUAGUGUUUGACUGCAGUUGUAAGACCUCAUCGGGGCUCUCUUUGAAUGAUGUAAUGUGCAAAGGACCCAUUGUACAAGAUGACUUGCUAGCGAUCGUGUUGCGCUUUCGAUGCUAUAAGUAUGCGAUAACAGCGGAUGUGACGAAAAUGUAUCGGCAAGCCUGGGUGAGUGAAGAGGAUUCAUUUUAUCAAUGUAUAUUGUGGCGGCCAACCCCAAAUAAAGAUAUUGAAGUAUAUCGCUUAUUGACGAUCACGUACGGAACGGCGUCCGCGCCAUAUCUGGCGACGAGAUGUGUAAAGGCACUUGGUGAACAGUGCGCAGAGAAGUUUCCAUAUGGUGCAAACAAGGUUUUAUCAGAUUUUUAUAUGGACGAUCUGAUAUCAGGUGCAGACUCCGAUGAGCAGCUACAACAAAUUUACUCGGAGGUCAGCGAGAUUUUAAGUUCUGCAGGGUUUGAGCUACGUAAAUGGUACUCGAAUAAUAGUGAAUUUUUGAAGAAAGUGCCAUCGGAUGAUCAAGAGAAGCCACUGCGUAUGAACGAUGCCGAAAUCAUCAAAACUCUCGGUAUUAUAUGGGAGCCAACUUCCGAUGUGUUUCGUUAUGAUUGGCCGGAGCUGAAAAUGGAAACCCCAUAUUCGUAA